AUGGACAUAACCCAGCUGAGAACGCACAAGCACAAGUCCCUGGAUUUGCGGGGUAGAACACUUACUGUUACGGUUGGAUCAACCGACCCCGUGACGUUCUCCGUCCACGAGCAUUUGAUAUGUCGCACUUCGGAUUAUUUUAAAACAGCUAUGAAGGCUUAUUGGGAUACAUCUACUAGUGGAUCUGUUACUCUCAAGGAAGAAGACCCAGAAGUGUUCGAGGUAUACCUGCACUGGUUGUACUGUGAAACACUCCCAGUCCGGAAUGACAGCCCCGGACAAGAGGGGAACAAUGAGUACAUACAACUCGCACAAGCAUACGUUUUGGGAGAGAUGCUUCAGGAUGUCAAUUUCAAGGACGCUGUCCUAGAUGCGAUCUUGAUCAAAUCCCGCUCCACGGCAUCAGACGGUCUGUGUUGGUAUCCUGUUGGGCCGGCCAUCCGCUGCAUAUAUGAAGGGACUCCGGAAUCAUCGGCCGCUCGACGCCUUCUGGUUGAUAUGUAUACUUGCCAUGGACAUGAAGAAUGGUUAACGGAAUGGGCCAAUGAAGACGACCUGCCUAAACAAUUCCUGCUCGAUCUUGCCAUUGCAGCCUUGAAAAAGAGACCUCAACCGCCCGAAUCCCUGGCUGAAAAAGUAGGAACUUGCGAAUAUCAUGAGCAUCUACCUGGUUCUAACAGCUGCUACAUGUACUUUUCAGUAUCAAAGCGUGCUGAGGUAGUACACAUCGCGUCCUGUGAUACCGAAUAG